AUGAAUGUGUGGGUAGCCCACUGCCUGCUCCUGUGGGCUGUGCACUUCUUCCCAGCUGCGCCACGCAACCCACUCAGGGUUGUCAGUAAGGAGUCAAAGCCUGAUAAUCAACAAGAUGCCUGUACAAAUCUCACUCUCUGCAAAGACAACGGAGCCAUUUGUAUUCAACCUUGCUCUCCCUCCUUCCAUGGGGAGACAAGCUUUGUCUGUGAAGACAGGAAGUGGCAAAUGUUCACAGAUUCUUGUGCAAGCCUCGAUGUUCAGUCCCUUUUCCAGAGGAUUUCUGAACAUGAACUCCUUCCAAAUUCUGAAGGACAUGUUGGUGUUGCUGGAGGACACCUGCCUUUUGUAGGGAAAGGAAAGCCAGUGCAUGGGAAGCCUGGAGAUGGAGCAAAAUAUUUUGGUGCUGAUGACCAUGGGAACAGUAACUGCCAAGCUGACUUUUCAUGCAUCAUCCCAGAUAUCCUGUCUUCACCAGCCAUUCCAGGAAACAUUGCUGAUAUAGUAGAACUGCUAAAGAAGAUUUCUCUGCUGUUAUCAGAGAACGUCAACAGAGAAAAAAUGCAGAGUUACAGCAGAAUAGCAAACCAUAUUCUGAACAGCUCCACCAUUUCCAACUGGGCUUUUGUAAAGGACAGGAAUGCCAGUUCAGUAUUACUGGACUCAGUGAAUUUAUUUGCUGGGAAACUUCUCCUUGGGAAUGGAUCGGCAAAUAUACAGGAGCACUUCAUCUCUACAAAAGGCUACAGCAUACAUAAAAAUACUUCAGGAAAGAGCUUUGAUUUUAACAUGGAGUUCAACAACACAGGCAAUAUCACUGGGCAUGUGGUCAUUCCAGAAGAAGAGUUUCUGAAGUUACCCAAGAGUUCCAAAGCCAUCAGCAUUGCAUUUCCAACGCUUGGAGCCAUUAUAGAAAGCAACCGUUUGGACCCCGCUUUUGUGAAUGGCAUGGUGUUAUCAGUGUCUCUGCCAGAAGAGCUUCGACAUGUUCUACUCGCCUUUGAAAAGGUGAAGAAACUGGAGAAUGCCAAGGCUCAGUGCGUGGGCUGGCAUUCUACUGAAAGGCAGUGGGAUAGCAGGGCAUGCCGCAUGAAGUCUGAGAACGCUAGCAGUGUUGUUUGCAUCUGCAGGCAUCACCGUCAGACAUUGAAAUCCUUCUCCAUCCUGAUGUCCCCCAGCACACUGCGCAGUGCAGUGCUGGAUUACAUUACACGUGUAGGGCUAGGCCUGUCCAUUUUUAGCUUGGUUGUCUGCCUUGCAAUCGAGGCUGUUGUCUGGUACCACGUUACCAAAACUGAAAUAACCUACAUGCGCCACUUCUGUUUGGUCAACAUUGCCACAUCGCUUCUCAUCGCUGAUCUUUUGUUCAUCUUGGCAGAAGUUUUUGUGCACAAUACAGCUCUGAACUACCAGUUGUGUGUAGCAGCCACUUUUCUCCUCCACUUUUUUUAUCUUGCCUUAUUUUUCUGGAUGUUUACCCUGGGCCUCUUGAUUCUCUAUGGAUUAUUAUUUAUUUUUUUUAAGAUAACAAGAUCUGUAUUCAUAGUUGCAGCAUUCUUCAUUGGAUAUGGAUGUCCCUUGGUUAUAUCUGUCCUCACAGUUGCUAUUACUGAACCUAAACGUAUGUAUUUAAGGAUUGGAGCCUGCUGGCUCAACUGGCAUGAGACGAAAGCUCUUUUGGCCUUUGUUAUACCUGCUCUGAGCAUCAUUCUUGUAAAUAUGGUGGUGGUGGUGGUGGUUAUGGUGAAGACUGGGAGAUCCUCAGUUGGAGAAGGCUGCAAGUCACAAGAUUUGAGCAACAUGAUCCGAAUUAGCAAAAAUGUUGCUCUUCUGACACCUCUUCUGGGUCUCACCUGGGGUUUUGGAUUAGCAACAAUAGUUGACAGUCGCUCUCUGGCAUUCCAUAUUACAUUUGCUCUGCUGAAUGCCUUCCAGGUAAGCUCUUUGGGAUGGGGAAUAGCAUCCCAGAUUGCUAACUUGGGAAAAGGUUGCAGACCUAAGAGGGGCUGGUAA